GCUACUGGAUAAACCGGUGAAAUCCGUCGGAGGUAUGCUAAUGUAAUGUUUAUUUAUAUCGUAGUUCCCUCUGAAUGUGCAGGAAAACAUUAUCUAGUCCUAAGUAGCAGCUGAAAGAGUAAUACGAACUACACUGCCGAGAGAGAGAAAUAUUCAGACUUCUUCAAUAAAAAGAGAAAAGAGUCAGAGUCAGCCACAGCUUCUACCAGCAGCAUCAGUGAAACAUGUCAGCUGCCCAGGUACAGCAGCAGUGAUAAAGGGCAAGGGCAGUCAGCUCCCCCUGCACAUGAUGACAGGCGUCUCUUUGCUGGGCCACAUCCUCUCCCAUCGCUCCACCAACAUCCACAGGGAGGCGGCCGACGCCCUGAUGGCCCUCAGGGACGGGAAGGAGCAGGUGUGUGAGCAGAACUUACUUCCUGUCCUGGUGGGUCUGCUGCAGCAUGAAGACCUGGAGGUUCAGGUGAACGCCAUCAUCAUGUUCACUGUGACCAUCACCACAGGUACACACUCGAAGAUCAAUCAAUACAACAGAUAAAUAAGUAAUGUAGUAAAAUAAUUCUAGCUGAUCAACUGGA